UCCCCCCUCCUCCUCCUCCUCGCGUGCUCCCGGCGGCGGCGGCGGCGAUGCAGAUGGCGGCGGCGGGUGCGGCCGCGACCGAGGCCCCGGCGGGUGGGGCGGCGCCUCACCACCACCACCACCACCCGCACGCGCACGUGGCGCACGGGCACCCGCACCACCACAUCCAGCCGAGGUGGGUGGUCAUCCCGUACCCGCCGCCGCCGGGCAUGGUGGCCGGGCCGCCGCCUCCGCCGCCGCAGUUCGUCAAGCACUUCGCGCCGCCGGCGUCGGUGACCCCGCCGCCGCCGCAGCCGCAGGCGCAGCCGCAGCAGCCGCCAGCGGGGGGUGGAUCCGGCGGGAACGGGGCCGGGGACGAGAACCGGACGAUUUGGGUCGGGGACCUCCAGUAUUGGAUGGACGAGAAUUACCUGCACAACUGCUUUGGCUCCGGUGGCGAGGUGGUCACAAUUAAAGUUAUUCGUAAUAGACAUUCUGGAGUUUCUGAGGGUUAUGGAUUUGUUGAGUUCUGUUCUCAUGCAUCAGCAGAGAAAGCACUCCAGAAUUUUUCUGGCCAUUUAAUGCCUAACACUGACCGAGCUUUUAAGAUAAACUGGGCAUCUUAUAGUAUGGGAGAAAAACGCUCUGAACUUGCUUCCGAUUACUCAAUAUUUGUUGGUGAUCUGGCUGUUGAUGUUACUGAUGAAAUGCUGAUGACCCUUUUUGCUAAGAAAUAUCGAUCUGUGAAAGGAGCUAAAGUUAUUAUUGAUGCAAACACGGGACGUUCUAGGGGCUAUGGCUUUGUUAGGUUUGGAGAUGAUAAUGACAAAACUCAUGCGAUGACUGAAAUGAAUGGUGAAUAUUGCUCGAGCCGGCCAAUUCGUAUUGGACCUGCAACACCUAGAAGAUCUUCAGGUGAUUCUGGCUCCUCUCCACCAAGGCAGUCAGACAAUGACUCAACUAACAGGACGAUAUAUGUUGGUGGACUUGACCCUAAUGUUACUGAGGAUGAACUAAGGAAAGCAUUUGCUAAGUAUGGUGAUCUUGCCUCUGUUAAAAUUCCUGUUGGCAAACAGUGUGGCUUCGUUCAAUUUGUCAACAGACCUGAUGCAGAAGAAGCGCUGCAAGGACUGAAUGGAUCAACAAUUGGAAAGCAAGCAGUGCGUCUUUCCUGGGGCCGCAGUCCAGCAAGCAAACAGAAGGGAGUAUCUCUACUACUUAAAAGCGGAGUCAACUGUUCCUCCUUCCCAUGUCACACAGCCUCCCCCAAAAAUGGUUGGUUAAGAGCCACCUAGUUGUAUGGGCCUACCCUGCUGUAAUUCAUGGGCAUGUUACUAGUGUUGGUUUAAAUACAAACUAACCAAAUGAAGUGCUUUUGUGUUGUUCUGAAGAUGGCUUCUACUCUUAGGCUACCCCAUUAACCCUGUUUGUAGGAGUACUUUUGCAAUAUAAUAUGUAUACUCGUUGAAGUGCACUAUUACAAUAGCUAAGAUUCUUAACUACAGCGAUGGCUCAAGAAUCUGUUCUCUUUAUGGAUGAAACCGAGAUAAUUGAUAAUGCAUUUGCAGCACAUAUGCUUUUAUCUCAAGCUUCCA